CCAAGGACGGCGUAGUCUCUCUACGGUACUCCAAUGGACAGCCCUGUCUUAGUGUGAAAGAUGGGACCACAUCGACCCUGAUUACGUUCACCUGCAAGUUGGGUGGACUCGGCGAACCCGUGUUUGUGGGCGAGACAGACGAGUGCACAUACCAGUUUGUGUGGGAAACUGAGCUCAUGUGUGCACAGAAGCAGGCGGAAAUGUCCCCGGGUGACGGCUGCAAGGUGUUUGACCCGGAAACCAGCACCAACUACGACCUGAGUCCUCUCCAGUCCCAAACGGGGUACCCAGUCACCACCCACAACACUCACCACACUUACACACUCAAUGUGUGUGCACCUGUGAACGAUCCCAGUUGUGGCGAUGGUGCGGGUGUGUGUGAGAAGGAUACGAAGACGUCGCUGGGCAAGCCCGCGGGAGCACUGUCUAUGGUCAAUGGCGUACUUACGUUAUCUUAUACUGGGGGGGCCAAGUGCCCAACAAGCGGUGUAUCGUCACGCCAAAAGGAGAGCAUCAUCUCUUUUGUGUGUGAGGAAGGCGUGGUGGUUGGCAACGGGUUCCCUGUGGCCCUAAACAGCCCGGACGAGUGCACCUAUCUCUUCGAAUGGAGGACACCUUUGGCCUGUAGCUCGGCUACCAAGGAGACCAUGUGUAAUGUGGUGGUGGAGAAUGCGUACGAGGAUGUCGAGUAUGACCUGUCGCCGCUCACUAGGGCCGACGACGACUGGCAGGCCAUUGUUAGUGGGCAGACCGAGACAUGGACGUAUGUGUAG